AGCAGUAACGAAGAAGCGAAUAUUAAUAAGAAAAGAACUCGUGUUACACCUUCCCAAUUAACAGUAUUAGAAGAAACAUUCAAUAUAACUGCGACGCCUGAUUCCAAAAUGCGCAAACAUCUGGCGGCCAAGUUACAAAUGCCUGAAAGAUCAAUUCAGAUAUGGUUCCAAAAUAGACGUGCAAAAGUAAAGAUGUUACAGAAGAGAUUUUUAUUACGCCAAGAGCAAGAAGCGGCUAGAGCUAGCAAUCAUCAACCAUUCGUAUCUUCUCUGCAACAUCCUGCAACCUUAUCUUCAUCCUCUACUGCUACUACUUUAUCACAACCCUUUCCUUAUGAGGCUACUGCCACUACAAACAAUAACGGCCAUGGCAGUAACGCUAGUGAUAACUCCUCUUCUCUGUUGAUGACUGGAUCCAAUGGCUUGUCGGACAUGACAGUUUCACCUUCGCCUACCCCACAGCCCUUCGUUUCCAAAAAAAUGGAGAAAGGUUGUAUCACAGCUACAGCUGUUACUAUAGGAUCUUGGCAUCGUAUGAAAAUCGACCAGCAGGACCUAACUUGUUCCUACAACAACAAAACAAGAAAUUUUUCGUGGCACAUUCGAGAUAAUAAUUAUCAUUUUAAAAUGAUGAUAUCAUUCGAUAGUGUCCAAUCCAUCGAAUUAAAUGUUCUGGAAGACAACAUUUCAGCUCAAGUGGAUAUAGAUGUGUCGGAACCACCUCAAUUUUUCAUGGAAAAGAUCAACCCUACUACAACUACGACCGCAACAACAAUGAAUAAUAAUGAGAACGCUCAAGGUUGGGUUCAAUGUAGUGACUUUACAGAGGGAAUGCAAGCUUCAAUUGUGCUACGUCAUACAAUACGUGGGUUAGCAACGGAUCUUCGACAUGAUUUGCUGACGAUAGCAGGUGUGGAUGAUAGAUUAUGCCAAAUUACCCGGUUUCCU